GAGUAAGUGUAUAUAUAUAUGAGCGUGUGAGGCAACGCGUGUGCCAAGGAACUCCCCCUUUCCCAUUUACGACUGCUACAAGGAGAAGAGCACUACACGCGCCAUUAUUUCGUUUAUUAAAGCUCAUUCGUUUUAUUCGUUCAUUUAGUCUUCAUACCAUCGUUAGCUAUGAGCACUGUUCAAAUUCCCGAGGUCCUCUGGGCACAACGUUCCAACGCUGAGGAACAAGACAAAAAUGUCAUCUACCUUACUGUUAUGAUUCCUGAUUCCGUUUCUCCUUCUAUUGAUGUGGAGAACGACAAAUUGAAAGUUGAGGCAAAAUCUGCCAACUCUACACAUUACGCCGUGGAAAUUCCCUUCUUCAAAGAGAUCAUUCCCGAAAAAAGCAAGUACCAUGUCACUGGACGUUGCAUUUACUUCGUUUUGUACAAAAAGGACGCUGCCGCGGAGUUCUGGCCUCGUCUCACUAAAGAAAAAGCUCGUCUGCACUGGUUGAAGACUGACUUUGACCGUUGGGUAGACGAGGAUGAGCAGGAGGAAGUCGCAGAGCCCGCAAAUCCUUUCGGUGCUGGCAUGCCUGAUUUCAGCAAUAUGGACUUCAGUCAGUUUGCUAAGGGAGAGGAUGACUCUGAUGACAGCAGCGAGCCUGAGCUUGAAGAGGAGGACAAAACGCCUGAGAGCAAGUGAGGUAAAUGAAAUGCAUGCUUUUUAAUGACCAA